AUGCAGAGCAACUACUCCCUGGUUGUCACCACCAGGGAAAGUCUCCAAGUCCUGUCUACAGCCCUGACAAACUCCUCAGCUGUGUCACACUCAUCCCCUCCCUGCCCCCUCACCUCUUCAGAUUAUCAGUUUUCACUAAUUCCAGCCCUCUUCUCUGCAGUUUUUGUGCUUGGCUUGGUUGGCAACAGUGUGGUGGUUGUGGUGCUCUGUCGUCACACUGGCCCCAAGACAGUUGCUAAUAUCUACAUUUUCAACCUGGCCAUGGCAGACCUGCUGUGCCUGGCCACCCUCCCCUUCUGGGCCACCUACUAUGCUCAGGGAUACAACUGGCUCUUUGGGUCUCUCAUGUGCAAGAUCUCCAGUUCUGUCCUGUGUCUGAAUAUGUUUGCAAGCAUUUUCUUCAUCACGUGCAUGAGCGUGGACCGGUACCACGCCAUUGUCCAUCCCAUUCACUCCCAGAGGAGAACUGCAAAACAAGCUUAUUUUGUAGCACUGGUUGUGUGGGGCCUGGCCUGUUUGUCCUCCCUCCCAACUUUUUAUUUCAGAGACACUUACUAUGUAGAAAGCUUGGAGGUCAAUGCUUGCAUCAUGGCCUUUCCUUAUGAGGACUAUGCAAAGUGGUCGGUGGCCACCGCCUUCCUGAAAAACACCCUGGGCUUCUUCAUCCCCUUGGCAGUGAUCACCACCUGCUACAUCUGGAUCAGGAGGCACCUGCUCAAAGCACAGCAGUUUGGGAAAAGCAGGCAGAAGAGGGACAAAGUCCUAAAGCUGGUGGCUGCUGUUGUGAUGGCCUUCCUGAUUUCCUGGCUGCCGUUCCACGUUUUGACGUUUUUGAACGCUUUGGCUCACAUGGACAUCAUCCACAGCUGUGAGGUGAUGGGGGUCAUCGACACAGCGCUGCCAUUUGGCAUCUGCAUGGCCUUUGCCAACAGCUGCAUCAACCCUCUGCUCUACUGCUUCAUUGGGAACCAGUUCCAGGAGAAGCUGCACCGCCUGUUCAAGAGAAGAGUUUAUCAGCUCAACAGCCACCGGGAGAGCUCCUCCGCCAGGAAGGGCAGCGGCUUCAGAGAUGCUGAAACCCCCGUGGGCAAAGAAGGGGAGCCUCAGUCUUUCCUGUAG